AGUAGACCAAAAGUCGAAGAAAGUGUGCCGGAUGUGCAUGCAGACGACGUGUGGCCAGGCGACGGAGCAAAUAUCCUUGUUGUGUAUAUAAAGUUAUUUAUUUGUUUGUAUAUAUGUAACAUGAGCUCCUGAGAAUCACUGUGACUCCAGAUUUUAAGUAACUGAAUACUUAUAAUGGCAAAGCAUAUUGCACAGUUGAUUGUUGCUGGUGCACAGGUAGUUGGGAGAGCGUUCGUCAAGGCUUUGCGCCAGGAGAUUGCAG